AUGAAAUCGAGAUCUGAAGGGCUGACGUACGUCGUGCGCCUUCUUGUGUACAGUGUCAAAAGAAAAAUUGGCGAGUAUCGCUCAUGCUUGAUAAAUAUCGAGUCCUCACUUGAUGAUAGGUCUACCCAUAAACCGACAUGUCACGAAGUUGAACGCUCCUCGGGGGUACUCAAAUUCAUACAAAUGUUCAGUGCAAACUCGUCGCUCACGAUGUUCCUCAAAAUUGGUAUCGUUUUCGGCUGUGGCCUGUUCGACGAUCCCCGGAUCGGAUUCGAUGUGCCAUUCAUGGCACGUGUCGACAUCGCAGUGGAACCCAGUAACAUUCUUGACUUUGCUGGAUUGUAUUUCGACGACAAGGCUGUUGGAGAGAAGCUUCAAGGGAUGUUGCAAGUCAAUGCCAUCACUCCAUGGCAUCCAAAGCAAGGUCCCCUUACACCGAGGUGGCUACAGAUAUGGCGCGAAGCUCGGGCAAAGUUUAACGCAGAAGGUUUUGCCAAAGAUCCCGUAGGACUCGUACAGUUCAUUGGCUGUAGUUCCGCAGACGACUCAGGGAACUCAGUAACCACUGAGUUGCACAUCCCCGCUGCUGUCCUUGAUAUUGCAAGGAAACGCGAGCCCCUCAUAGGUAUCUCUGCUGUCACAGGCAAGCAGUUCAAAAAACCCAUGAGCGCUGUGACAUGUCUAGAGUAUAUCAAUUUGCAUAUUCGGGCGGAUAAGCAGAAUCAGUUGCAUCUGCGGGCUGAGAUGACAGAACAAGACAAGGAAGUCAUUCGAGCUGCAGGUCGCGAUGAGGAUACACUUCCGGCUCGUAUCCUCAAAGAUAAGAUGAAACGUGAACAUCUUUAUGCUAAUGUCACGCAAGCGACACGCGAAUAG